AUGCCUGCCAGCGCCAGGUCCCAGAACCAUAAAUCGAAUAAUGCCCGCCACGCGCGUACGACUUCCUGGUCGAGUGGCUAUAACCAUCUAACCUCCUCCUCCGGCGAACCCUCUACCGCUUCCCAACCGCCAUCUCGACGCCGCCGUGAGUCGAACCUCUCCCUCGCCAGCGUCGACGAGGGCCCUUCUUCCCCCGACUCCCACGGCCCCGAUGCCCCCGACAUGCUCCGCAACACCUCGAUGGAUCUCGAUGGUCACAAGAGCCAGCAUGUCCGCAGUCGCUCUCAGUCCCAGGGCACGCCGCAGAUCCUGGCCCUGCAGGAGUCCGAACUGACCGCGGCCGCCCAUCCGGUCGUCGUCGCUCGCCCGGCGCCCGUCACCUGGAUGUCCCUCCCACGAAAGGGCCAAUUAGCUCUACUGGGCCUCUGCCGUGUCUUCGACUUCCUCCAGAUCGCCUCCCUGCAGGCCUACAUGUUCUACCAGCUCAAGUCUUUUGACGAGAACCUCUCCGACUCCGAUGUUGCGACCCAGGCGGGUAUUCUCCAGGGCGCUUUCACUGCCGCCCAGUUCGCGACGGCCAUUCCCUGGGGCCGCGUCGCCGACGCCGAGUGGGGUGGCCGUCGCUUUGUCCUGCUCGUCGGCCUCGUCGGCACUGCCGUCUCCUGUCUGGGCGUGGCCUUCUCGACCUCCUUCGCUCAGGCCGUCUUCUGGCGCUCGUUUGGUGGCGCCAUCAACGGCACCGUCGGUAUCAUCCGAACCAUGAUCGCGGAAAACGUCAAGGAGAAGAAGUACCACUCGCGCGCGUUCUUGAUCCUCCCGAUCGGAUUCAAUAUCGCUUCACUGUUUGGCCCGGUCAUGGGUGGUAUGUUGGCCGACCCGGUGAAGAGCUACCCCCGCUUGUUCGGCCCCAACUCGUCCUUUGGCGGCGAGACCGGUUUGAAAUGGCUCGAGAAGUACCCAUACUCUCUUCCCAUGCUGGCCAACUUUGUCUUCCUGUCCACUUGUGCGGUCCUGGUUGGCUAUGGACUGGAAGAGACUCUGCUGGCUUGUAAGGGUAAGCCUGGCUUGGGGUCCUUCGCAAUGAAGUUCCUAGCUCGUGGCGUGCGGCGUGUCGUUGGUACCUCCUCGCCGCUGUAUUCGAGACUGCCGUUCCGCGAUUACGAGGAGGAUGGUCCUCUGCUGGGCCGCCACCUGGAUCGCUCUGAAAGCUACGAGCUUGAGGAGAAAGCCUCGAAGCCGAUGCGUGUCAAGCGCGUGCUGCCCUUCCGGAGAAUCUGGACCAAGAACGUCCUCUGCACGCUGCUUGCGCAGUGCUUCUUCGACUUUCAGAUGGGUGCCUUCAACAACCUGUGGCUUCUCUUCCUGUCCACUCCUCGCUACGACGCAAACGACCCCGCCAGCCCGGCCCAGAGCCUGCCCUUCGUUUUCACCGGCGGCCUGGGCAUGCUCCCGCAGAGCGUGGGCUUCGCAACCGCCAUCCUCGGUGUCAUCGGCAUGUUCCUCCAGUUCACCAUCUAUCCCUCGAUCAACGGUCGUCUGGGCACGGCCAAGAGCUACCAGUACUUCCUCUCUCUAUUCCCGCUUGCCUACGCUCUGGCGCCGUAUAUUUCGCUGGCUCCGUCCUCGGUCCCGCCUCCCGGUCAGGCAAAUGGCCCCUGGGUCUGGAUCUGGAUCAUCAUCGUCCUCUUCCUGCAGGUCACCGCCCGAACGUUCACUCUCCCGACUUCGAUCAUCCUGCUCAACAACUGCUCUCCGCAUCCCUCCGUCCUAGGAACCAUUCACGGCAUCGGCCAGUCCGUGUCGUCCGCUUUCCGAACUAUCGGCCCGAUCUUCUCCGGUGCCUGGUACGGCUAUGGCCUGGACAUUGGCAUGGUCGGGUUUGCAUGGUGGUUGAUUGCCCUUGUCUCCGUCUUUGGCUGUGCCGCGGCCAUUUUCGUGUACGAGGGCUCUGGUCAUGAGAUCCUGCUUCCGGGCGAGGAGGACGAAUUCGACCAUGGCCACUAG